GAGUCCAAGACGCACGUCAUUGUCAUGAGUACGGAUCUAGUAGAGAACAACGCCGUCAAGUGUGAGCGCUAUUGGCCCCAGGACGUCGGCACAAGCGUGGUCUACGGAGAUUACGUCAUUCGUCUCCAGACUGAAACCAACACUUGCCCGCAAUUUGUCACUUCCAAGCUUCUGAUUAGCUGUGGCGACGAUGACAUUCGUGAAAUCACUCAUCUCUGGUGGCGCGCGUGGCCCGAUCAAGGUGUUCCUGAGACAGCGGAUGGCAUCUUCCCGUUCAUCAACACGGCGCGCGAUGUGGCUGAUGAGGAGGGUGGGCCUAUCGUCGUGCACUGCAGUGCUGGCGUGGGGCGUACGGGAUGUUUCAUCAACAUUGACAUUGGCAUGCAGCAGUGGGACGAACUCGGCGUGGUCGAUAUUCUCAGCAACGUGUGCAAGACGCGGCGCCAGCGCGGCCUGAGCGUUCAGACCCCAGUGCAAUACGUGUACAUUCACUUUGUACUCCUUGAAUACAUG